AUGUCCGCUAAAGGCAAAGAAACGGCAAAACAAGAAAUCCACAAAACUUUGAAUUUAUGCAAUUUUUGUACGCGAAAGAUAGGCAUUUCUUUCAUUGACGAAUAUGAAACUGCCGUCAUUUGGAAACUGUGGAUUCAAUUGUGGUUUAUUGGCUCAGCCAUUGUAUUGUUCUUGAAGUUAAGUGGUCAAGUGAACUACGUUGUCAAUAAACUGGUGACUUCGUCUUCAAUAGAGGAUUUUGUGGCCAGCCUACAUAUCGUUGGCUACGAUACUAUGAGUUUCGGUAAAUUAUUAACGAUAUGGUGGAUGAGGAAUGUAUUCCGUAAACUCCUGACGGAGCUGGAAGACUUGUGGCCAAUAUCCGACCAAGACAAGGAUGCUACUGAUAUCAAGAACGAAAAGCUCUCGCGAUUACGAAUCAUACAAUUUUGGUACGCGUUUUGGAAUAUAUUCGGAGUUUGGCUGUACAACUUGACUCCGAUAGUGAUAUACGUGUACCACAAGAUUCAAGGCGCACCUGCUCAUUUAGGCUACAUCUGGCACUUAUCUUAUCCCUUUGAUAAGACGCUGCCCGUAUACCACGAACUCGCUUUUGUCUUUGAAUGUUACGCGGGUACAGUAUCAGUUUGGUCUAUGUUGGGAUCCGAUAUAUUUUUUAUGAACAUGGCCAGUCAUAUAAGUAUGUUGCUCCGGCUGUUGCAACUGAAGAUACGUCGCUUAGCAACGGAGGACACUAAGAGUAAGAUAAAGAGCGUAGACUGCUACGACGACAUCGUAGGCGUUAUUGAAAUACAUCAGAGACUUAUCACAUAUGGAAAGGAUUUAGAAGACGCUUUCUCGGUCGUCUUUUUGAUUAACGUCUUGUUAAGCUCUGUUAACAUUUGCUGCGUUGUUUUUAAUAUCCUUCUAGAUCCGUGGAUGGCGAUGAGUAAUAAAUUUUUCCUUGGAGCAGCGUUAACUCAAGUUGGCAUUUUAUGUUGGUACGCGGACGAUAUUUUUACUUCAAGCUCAGGAGUGGCGAAUGCAGUGUACGAGAGUGGAUGGUACAACAGCAAUAUUCGAUGUCAACGAGCCUUGAUGAUACUGAUGCAAAGGUCUCAAAAACCACUUUACUUUACGGCGUACAAGUUUCGCUCUAUCACCAUGUCAACAUACAGCUCCAUUCUAACAAGUUCAUACUCAUACUUUACGUUGCUCUACACUAUGUAUCGAAGCGAUUAGAAUUGUCAUGGUCAUAGUUUAUUAACUUUUACUUACAAUAAAUAUUCUUACAAGCAC